AUGAGCAAUCAGCUGGAGAAGGACAAAGAUGAAACCAUUGUACACGAAGUUACAGAAGAUCGAAGCUCAAGGCCAAACAACCUGCUUGUGUUGCAAUAUCUAGGGUAUGGGCUUUUAUGUCUAUUUUUCCUCAAGUACUUAUUAUUUGUGCUAUUGGUUACUUUUUCCACAUUAGGUACGCUGCUUAUAUUCAUACUUUGUGGUGCUUACUUUAUAAAGAUACCCAAGAGCUCCGACUCCUCCAUCAGGCUGAGGUUCCCUAAAUUAUUGUUCACAAAAGCUGAAGUGUGGAAUGAAGAAGUAAAGGAUAUGAGAUUAAAUCAAGCUUCCAUGUCUUCAAAUUUGAGCAGUACCUUUAGCAAGAGUAUAGAUGAAAUAUCCAACUUCAUUUUAAGAGAUUUUGUUGAAAGUUGGUUCAAAAGCAUCUCCAGUGAUCCAUCAUUCCCUAACCAAGUCAGAGUUCAACUAAAACUUGCAAUUGCAGAAUUAGAAUCAAGAUUGUAUCUAGUGGAUGCCCCAAACUUUUUAGUGAUAGAGAUAUUACCACUGAUAACUGAACAUUUCAACAAUUUUGUGUCAGCAGAAGAAAUAGUUAUGGGUGAACAGAGGAACAUGAGCAGAUCAAGUGAUUUAGAAUUUAAGAUAACUCAAGAGUAUGGAAUUCUUCAUCCAGCAGUAUCACAAAAGGAAAUCAACAAGGAGCUGGAAAUUAAAAAUUAUUCAAGAUCCAAGAUGUCACAAGUGGUGUGUUGCCUUCUAUCACAUACUGAACAAUCUUCAUCUGUUGUUUCUAUUUUAGUCAGGGAAAUAAUUACAAAUUCAGUAUUGUCACCCGUCAUUCAAUUAUUAUCUGAUCCUGAUUUCUGGAGUCAAACAAUUGUCAAACUAGCAUCAGCAACUUUGAAGGAUAGAGAUCAAGUGAGAGAACUAAGAAGUGCCAUUGAUAAACAAUACAAUAACCCAAACAAACCGUUGAUACCUACAAUUACAAAGAAUCCAUUACUGGACCACAGGAUUAGCCCAAAUAUGAGACAGCCUGAAUUUGAAAAAUAUCUGAAAGCUAUUGAUAAAUCUGACUCAUUAAAUAUUCUGAAACAGUUGAAAUAUUAUCUUGCAGUUCAGAUCAGCAGAACCAAUAAAAUUCAAUCAAAUUCAGAAAAGUUUCUAAAGUAUUGCAAAAGAUUGCAUCUUGCUAGAAAUCUGGUUGACAAACGUCUUGAAUCACUGGGAUCCAACAUAACAGAUGAUAGGAGAAACUCAACAAUAUUUGCCAAUGAUCUUGAUGGGUUCAUUACCAGCUUGUCGUUAUCUCAGCUUUUGAGCAACCCAUCAUCGUUAUCUUUCUUUAUGGAAUUUAUGGAACAGCGCUCGAGAACUGUGUUGUUACAAUAUUGGCUAACAGUGAAUGGCAUCAAAGACCCAUUAGAAGAUCCUAAAGAUCCUGAUUACGAGGAAGAAUUAUCAUCAUCUGUGGAUAUGAAUGGUGCUGAAGAUGUGAAACAGAUAUUUCAUCGAUACUUCAAUGAAAAGUUAUUGAGAAUAAAAAAGGAAACAUAUCAAGAGGUUCAAAAAUUUGUUGAUGGUUCUGCUAGAAAUCUUGCCCAAUAUGUCCAGGUUAGAAAGUUGAUACUUAUGCUACAAGAGGAGAUUUUUCAUAGAAUGGAGGAUCGUGAUCUUCCGGAUUUCAAAAACUCUGAAUUGUUUUUAAAACUCUUGUCAAGUGAAUCUUUUGAAGAGUCUCUUGUGAAUGAAGUGGACUUGGCUCAUGAACCAAGCUACGAGGAUUUUGAAAAUGAAGAUGAUGAAUUACCUUCAACUUCUAAUGAACAUUCCUUGGAAGAUUUAGAGAAUGCUUUGAGUGAUAUUAUGUCGAAGAAUGAAAUUGAAAAACAAAAGAAGCCUCCUUUACAAAAAUCAGAUUCUUCGGACUCUUCCAAAAGAUUUAGUAUGACUGAAGGUUUAAAAAAUGAGAUCUUUGGAAGCUCUGACAAAGGAUUUCUGACCGAAAAACCUCUAUUUGGUGAAAGUGAAGAUGACGAUGAAAUUGAAGACGAUGAUUCUACUCUUUCCGACUCAAAACUUGAUGUUGAUCCUGAAUUCUUUAGUAUUUCUCAUGAUUUUUUGAACUUGAAAGAAGAAAUUGAUAAAUUAGAGAAGGAACUUGAAAAGUUGAGUAAACAAAGCCAAAUGUUGGACCCACUGAUAUUGAAAGCAGAAUUGACCAAUAAUACAAAUGAGUUGAGGAUUUUGAAGAAAUCCAAGGCAAGUUAUGAACGAGAAAUUGAGGCAAAAGGGCUACAGAAGCAACAGUUGAUUGUUCAAGAUAAUGACAAUAGUUUAUUUGGUAAAACUAAAGUUUCCAUCCAAUCAUGGGUCAAGGGAAGAUCACAUGGAAAAGAUUAUAUCCUUUACGUUAUUGAAGUUCAAAAAUCAUCAGAGGGUAAAAGUGGAGUUGGUUGGAUCAUUGGUAGAAGAUUUAGUCAGUUUUACAAGUUGAAUGAAUUGUUGAGGAAAAAGUACCCACAAGUUAAUGUUUUAGCUUUCCCCAAAAAGAAGAUCAUCUUGAAAUUUCAACAAAAGGCAUUGAUUGAUCAAAGAAGAUACCAAUUAGAGCAUUAUUUGAAGAAAUUGCUAGAAAUUGAAGAAGUUUGUUCUGAUAAAGAGUUUCGAAAAUUCUUAACUUCACAAGAUUAUAAAGUUUCAAGUACAUCAGAGACUCCUACACCAAGAUCAAGAAUCGAAGAUACAGCCAAUAAGAUCUAUAAUGGACUUUCAAGCUCAAUUGAUAUGUUAAAUAAUAGUAGAGUACCAAGUACUGAUAGUCUUGAUGGCCUAUCCAAGGAUAGAACAGAAGAAAAUUUAGAAUUUUCACAAAAUGUUGAGAAAGUUGAAGAUAUGCAAAAGGAAUUGGAAAAUUUUGAUUCUCCUAUUGGAGGAAUCAGACCUGAAUUACAAAAAUCAUUUAUUAAACCUGUUACUGACUUGGUUAUUGCACUAUUUUCAUUGAAUAGACCAAAUAGUUGGUUGAGAGGUCGUGCCAUAAUUGUUGUUUUACAACAGAUUUUUGGAAGUACAAUUGAAAAACAUAUCAAAGAUCUGAUUAAUGGAUUGACAAAUGAGGAUAAAAUUUUGGAAAGCGUCAACAUGUUGAGGGAUAUUAUUUGGCCCAAUGGUCAAUUCAUGGAAUCUGGAAUCCCAAGAACCAAUAAAGAGAAGAAUAAAAGUAAACAAGAAGCUAGAGUAUUACUUGAAACUCUAAUGAUUGAUACGUGCUCCAAGAUUGUUGGUCAACCAAGUGCUAAAUCUGCUAGUAAUAAAAUCUUUUCAAUGACUCAAAAUGAAACAUUGAAUAGAAAUCUAGUUUAUGAGAUUAUUGAUAAGAUAUUGGUUGCUGUAUUUCCUGAAGCAACGUCAAAGUAA